AUGCCCAACAGCAGCUCCAUCAGCGAGUUCCUCCUCCUGGCGUUGGCAGACACGCGGCAGCUGCAGCUCCUGCACUUCUGGCUCUUGCUGGGCAUCUACCUGGCUGCCCUCCUGGGCAACGGCCUCAUCAGCACAGCCGUAGCCUGCGACCACCGCCUGCACACCCCCAUGUACUUCUUCCUCCUCAACCUCGCCCUCCUCGACCUGGGCUGCAUCUCCACCACUCUCCCCAAAGCCAUGGCCAAUGCCCUCUGGCACACCAGGGCCAUCUCCUACGCAGGAUGUGCUGCACAGACAUUUCUGUUUGUCUUCUUCAUCUCGGCAGAAUAUUUCCUUCUCACUGUGAUGUCCUAUGACCGCUACGUUGCCAUCUGCAAGCCCCUGCACUACGGGACCCUGCUGGGCAGCAGAGCUUGUGCCACCAUGGCAGCAGCUGCCUGGGGCAAUGGGCUUCUCUAUUCCCUGCUGCACACUGCCAAUACAUUUUCCCUGCCUCUGUGCCAAGGCAAUGCUGUAGAUCAGUUCUUCUGUGAAAUCCCCCAUAUCCUCAAGCUCUCCUGCUCAGAUGCCUACCUCAGAGAAAUUUGGCUUCUUGGGGUCAGUGCUUCUUUAGUAUCUGCGUGUUUUGUUUUCAUUGUUGUGUCCUAUGUGCAGAUCUUCAGGGCCGUGCUGAGGAUGCCUUCUGAGCAGGGACGGCAUAAAGCCUUCUCCACGUGCCUCCCUCAUCUGGCCGUGGUCUCCCUGUUUGUCAGCACUGGUAUGGUUGCCUAUUUGAAGCCCCCCUCUGUCUCCUCCCCCUCUCUGGAUCUGUUGGUUUCAUUUCUGUACUCUGUGGUGCCUCCAGCACUGAACCCCCUCAUCUACAGCCUGAGAAACAAGGAGCUCGUGAGUUCAGUUAGGAAAGUCAUUUCACGAAUGUUUCUGUACUGUGAUAAGUCGGCUCUCUGCUUCCAGAAUUAUUAG